UUCUAGAUACGGACACUGUUAUGCAAUAUAGUGUUAAUCCACAAAAAUUGAAAAAACGAGUUAUUCAGUGCAAGUCAUUGCUAUAGGCAUUUUAUACGUUUCUCAAUAAAAACUCAGGUGAUAUAAUUUAUUUUGGACGGCAAAAUUCGUAUAUUUUAGAUAAUGUUAACCCAAAAAGACCAAUAGGUAAUUUUUCAACAAAAUGCUAAGUGACUUGACGUAUUUGUAAGACAUAUGGCGCCAUCUCUACUCAAUUUAAACAUGUUAUGAGGGUUAACACGUUUUUGCUAAAAGAUAAGCGGAUCAUACUACGUAUUGCCUUGAUAGUGUUACGUUCUUUUUUGUUUAUUCGAGAGAAAAUUAUUAGUGCAAAAUAACUUAAAAUUGGUUUAAACAUAUUGUAAACAAUCAGGCAAGAUUCCACUACACAGGUAAGCCUGUAUUUUCUUGUGUAUCACCUUCUUUCUUCGAUUUAAAAAGUAAGGUUAUGACUUCGUUAAGUGUUAGUACUAUUUUUAUUAUUAAAAGUUUUAACGUAGGUAUUUUUAAUAUUAUAAAUGGUUUUCUUUUUUACUGAACAAUUCUAAUUUUGAAGUACUUAUGAAAAAAUCAUUUUAAUUCAGUACAUUUUUAAAAUAUAAAAAACUUAACUCGUUAUUGGAGAAUAGUCUAAUGCCUGUUUAUUUUAAUUUACCAAACAACAAGGAACGUGUUAUUGCAAAACAAUUUAAAUAGUUUUAACAAAACUUUAAGGUUCAUAAAUAAGCUAAAGCAUUUAAAUCGUUUUUGCAUAAUCAUAAAACGUCCAUUACUUGUUAUUAAAAAAUGUGUUCUUUACCAUUUUUAGUAGUGCCUACAUACCUUUACGAAAGUUAAAUUCUUUGUUAUAAAAAAUUUAGAUUUCUCAUUUUUCGCAAAAGUAAAUAUAAAUAGUUAUUUACGUAACUAGUCCGGAAAACAUUGUUUAUUUACAAAAAAAUCGUAGUUUCCGGGCUUGUUACGUACAGUGUUUUUUCGGCAACCAAUAUUUUUUAAUGAUUCAAAUAGGAACGUUUUAAUUGAAAUAUUGUUGAUGGACCAAAACUAAAGAUAUGUCUUAUACUUCUAAUUUUCACUACUAAUACUAUUAUUGUUAAAAGACACAAUUAAAAACAGAUAGAUUUUAAAAAGUAAAACUGAUUUCAUUUAUUCCAGAAUGGAAUUAUAAUCAAGAAGUAUGCGAAUGGUUGAAAUCUGCAAGUCCAAAAAUAAUAAUGAAAACCAUAUUGUUAGUACUCCUAUAUUAGAAGUCACACCUAAUAAAAUUAUGGAAACAAAAAUGAAACCUCUAAACAAGCUUAGGAAUUCUAGUCCACAAAAUACUAAAAGAAGCUUUGAAGUCAGCGCUCCUUUAUCAGACAUUACACCUUAUGGAAUUUCAAACAUUAUUUUUGAACCCGAUGAAGACCUCAUGCAAGCCAUAAUAAAAAAUUCUGAUGCUUCAAGUUGCAGCUUAUUAAACAUAUCAUUGUUAGAAAGUGAUAAUAUUGAUGGCAAUAUAACGGAGUUAGAAAAUCAAGCAAAUUUAGAUAAUGUUCCAAACCUUCCAGUAUUGUCAUCAGAUGUACCCGAAAAUGAGGAUAAUAUUAUAUAUACCGAACUAAAAGCUGCUUCAGAAUUUAAUCUCGACAUGUGCCCAAAUGUCUGUUUUCCAAGUGAUAUAUUUACUACAAAUGAUAUCCAGAACAACGAUCAAGUAGAGUUGGAGCAGCCCUUAAAAACUCCUGAUCCCGAUGUUGGAAAUCCUGUUCGAAGAGGUGGUGUUUUUUCUGUUUUACAAAGUAAAAAUAGAACUGAUAAUGAUAACGACAAUGGCCAAGAAGAAGAAAAGCAUGACAGCGACAGUGACAUUCAAGGUAUUUUAGAAGAUCCAGAUUUUAUACCCGAAAAUAAACGUAGUGACAGUAAAGAAGAGAACUCUAAUGAAAAUACACAAGGUAGACCAAAGCAAGGAAGAAAACGAAAAUAUCCCCAUCAGAAUAGGCAAAUUCGAAAGAGAAAAGCAAAUACCAACCAAGAACACUUUAAUGCAAAAGGAAAAAAAGUUGCUGUCAGAGAAUUUUUAGAUUUUAACUGCGAGUGUCGAAGGAAGUGUACUGAAAAAAUAUCUGCAGAAAUACGUCGAGCGGAAUUUGAGAAAUUUUGGAAAGCUGGGUCAUAUGAAGCGAGAUGUGCUUUGAUGCAAGGAAGUGUCAAAGAAGUAAAUAAGAAAAGAAGUUACUCCGCAAACUCUAAAAGGCAGUUUAGUAGGCAGUACUAUUUUUCGAAUGUUGAAGUUUGCAAAAAUACUUACCUUAAAACACUAGGUAUUAGUCAGACCAGAAUUGAUUUUGCGUUGUCAAAAUUUAAAGCUAAUGAACCAAUAAAUGAUAAACGUGGAACAAAUUCUGGAGGAAGAAAUUCAAUUUCGGAAGAAAAGCUCAAUGAAGUUAAAUUGUUUAUUGAUAGUAUGCCUAGAUAUAUUUCGCAUUAUACACGCAAUCCUACUACAGCCAAAUUUUUAUCACCCAACCUUAAUUUACAAAUUUUAUAUAACCUCUAUAAUCAAAAAUAUCCAAAUGGUGUACGUCUGUCCAAAUUAAAGAAAAUAUUUUAUACUUCUUUUAAUCUUCGAUUUAAAAAACCUCAGAAAGAUACCUGUUUACGUUGCGAUACUUUUAAAGUGAAAAUACAAUCAACCUAUGGCGAUGACCUAAAUCUAUUAAAAAGUCAACAUGACGAUCAUUUAAAUCAUGCUCAUGCUUUGAGAAAACAAAUGAAGGAUGAUUUAAAGCUUGCUAAAACAGAUCCAGCCAUUGAGACACUUACGUUUGACCUAGAGAAAACUCACAGUUUACCACGGCUACCAACAAGUAUCGUCUAUUAUAAAAGGCAGUUGAAUUUAUUUAAUCAGGGAAUACAUUGUGGUAGCAGUGGUAAAGGAUAUUUUUACGUUUGGCUGGAAUAUGAAGCGAGUCGCGGAACGCAAGAAGUGGGAUCAUGUCUUAGAAAGUUUAUUUUUGAGCAUUUAAAGACUACGGCCUCUAGAUUAAUACUCUGGGCAGAUUCUUGUGGUGGCCAAAACCGUAGCAUUAAAAUGAUUUUAAUGCUUCAACAUAUUCUUCAAAAUCACAUUACUCUUAAAACUAUUACCUUACGAUUUUUACAGCCCGGUCACACUUUUCUGCCGAAUGAUUCUGAGUUUGGAGACGUUGAAUGUGCUUUAAAAACUCAUAAUCGUCUCUACACAGAUAAGGAUUACAUUCACGUUAUGACAAAUUGCCGACGCAAAAAUCCGUUUGUAGUAACCAGGCUAGGUAAAACUGAUUUUCUAUCAGUAUCUCCUCUUCAGAAAUUAAUUACCAAUCGCAAGUUGGAUAUUGAAAAAAAUAAAAUUUCUUGGUUAAAUACUUGUGAAAUAGAGUUACAAAAAGAUAAUCCUUUCAAACUGUAUAUGAAAUGCAGACUUGGAGAUAACCCGCAAAUUGUUGACAUAUCCAAAGGUAGUCGUAAAAAUAAAACAACGUUUGACACCGAAUUACCGUUAUUAUGGCCCGAUGGUCGUGAAUUAUCUGUUGCGAAAAUAAAAGACUUAAAAGAGAUGAUGAAACUGGUUCCAAAUGACUCAAAAAGCUUCUACGAAUUUUUAAGAACAGUUACACCUGGGGAUUUUGAUGAUGAUGCAGCAGGAUUUGGUCCAUCCAUUGAUUUUCAUGUUGAAGAAAAUAAUUAUUUAGAAGGCGAUGUGGAAUAGAAAUACUGGGUAGUAGUCUUUUAUGAUUUUAAAA